GGGUCACCACCGCGUCCAAUUGUUCUUCAUCACGGUCAUCGACGACUGUCCGACAGUUCUUUCAUCUUCAAUAAUAAUUGAUUCAUACAGUUCGAGGUCUGGGACAUAUCUAUCAUGGGCAGCAGAGAGUGUUCUAUAUGCCUCGAGGAUCUCAAGAACCCGGUUGUCACGCCAUGUGGUCACUUGCAUUGCGAAGCAUGCCUCUUGACAUUCGUUGAACGCAGCCAGGAUGCAAUAAAAGCAUCCUGCCCAACAUGUCGGGCCUCUUUCUCUCUCGUUCAACCUGACUUGCGUUUUAUACCCAAGAAGUUCCAACCGUUCAUUAUGCCUAGCAUCCGACGCGUGUAUUUGCCAGAGCUGGAACGCGGCGACAAUCAAAGUUUGCAGAACCAAGUCCGGGAUCUCGAGAAACGCGUCAAGCUUCUCAAGAAGGACAAAUCCAAACUUAUGGACAAAUGCGAGAGCUUGAAGAUGGAACGAGAUGCCUUCGCUGAGAAGGAGUUGGAGGCUAGAGAACAGAAUCAAGAGCUGAACGAUGAUUAUGAUGAUGUCAGCGCAGAGUUGGUCCAAGUGAAGGCCCGAAUUGAAGACUUAGAGGAGGACCUAGAGGUGCAGUUCGCGGAAAGAAACCACUGGGAACAGUCGCACGCAACCUUGCACAAGAAUUACAGACAAGUGAUCAGGAAGCUGGAGGAGGCGAACAAAGAACUUCACAACCACAAAGAGCAGCGUCGAAUAAGUGAAGAACGACUUCCAUAUGCUCGAUGUGUCCCGAGGGCCCGAGUUCAAAAGCGAACAAGUGACCAAGCAGCUCUUGAUUCCCCCGGUCCUUCGACGUCGGGUGCUUCCUCAUCCUCCGCUCACACCACUCCCGACGGCCGAGCCAUACAACCCAUCCCCAAACGCCCUCGUCUGAAUCAAUCGUCUCGUUCGCUAUCUAAUUCAGGUUCAAGCUUCCUUGGUCCGCCUCCCACGUACUAUGCGCCUCAUCCUGAUCCCCAACCACUGCGUGAACGAAUGCCUGUACUCACUGAAUCGGAUUCCGAAGGCGGGUCAUUUAACGACCCGCCCGUGAGGAAGGUCAGUCUGCCCAGACGUCGUGUUCUACGGGCCAGACGUAUUGAGGAUUCGGAGGAGUUGUAGGUACCCUAGUGUGUUGAAGUUUUAAUGGAUAUUGUGUAGUGUGCAUGAUAGCCAGUGGUCGAAUCGAAGCAGAUAAUUCAAUCACCAUAAGAGACGCAGAGCAUACCACGGUUAUUCAGAUACACCAUAUUAUACAUGUUAUACAUGAAGCACAUCAAGCUUAUACACAUCAAUUAUCAAAGCUUCGCCUGCAAUUUGAUAUUCGCAGAUCGUUCCUGAAGAAUGGCAGCAGCAUCAAGAACCAUGUUCUCAACGAUCGUCUUCGCAGGCAGGAUGUCUCUGAUGAGUGCAGCAACUAGACCCAUGGCAUACGGUUGACUCUCUUGAAGCUUCUCAGGGUGCAGCUCGAGGUCGUGACUUCGUGGAACGAUGCCUUGAGAGACGAGGGACUUCAUCUCCUCUUUACGGUUUUGCUCC